GUACUAGUUACACCAAUAAAACGUGUGUCCAUGAGUAAUCUUUUCCUUAAAAUUGUUUUGAUGACAGCCAACUGUGUUUGGAUAACAGCAGUAGACUACACCUGAAAGUACCCACCUUCUAGCCUCGACGACUGAAUGGGUGGAGUACUUUCAGCUCAGAGGGCUUGCCACCACUCUCGCUCUAUCACCACAUUACGCACAAGGAGCCUACAGAAGUAACACCCGGUCUGAGGAUUGCGCAGCGGACCCAGCUCAACUUUACUUGUUGGAAUUUUCUUCCCUAUGGCCUUGUGAUGCGACCCCUGCUAUUUGACAAUGAUGUGGUUGUUGACGAUCGGUUGGACUCUACAUGAGAACAGAAGAUCAGAUGAUCCUUGAGUGUGAGACCAGACAGACACAGCAAGACAGGGGUUGGUGGGGGGAUAAACAUACAGGAACAGGAAGAAGAAGAGUGGAGGAGGAAGAGUGUGAAGUCCGGCAUUGGACUGAGGUCAGAGCAGGCCGCCAUGGACGUCCAACUGCGGGGGAACCCUCCUCACAGCUACGGUGUCAGCAGGACCUCAAUUCCUCAAGAUAACAAGAACCUGCAGCAACUAGAGCAGGAGUGUCUCCAGUUCUUCGAGUCCACCAUCGACUCCCUGGAGGAGAGCUUCGAGGACGGCGAGGAACAGAGCCAGCAAGCGCUCACGUUGGCCAGCGCCCCCUCCUCCUCGCUCAUGCCUGUGCGCAGCUCCAGCCCGGGUGCCCCCUCGCCUCUCCAGACCAGAACCCCCAACCCGAGGGACAACGACAUCAUAGACCUGGUUCGGCCUGAGCCAGAUCUCGUACCGACCAAAGAGGCCUUCUUCAAUCCCGCCAUGCCAGAUUUUCAGAGUUUAGCGGCCAUCCCCAGCAGCCACCAGGACAUGAAGCCGAGGCAGGACCCAGGGGACAUGAAGGCUUCUGAGUACCAUCCUCCCCUUCCCUCCGGGAGCAGCUACCGGACCCCCGACGGCCGCUCCAGCUACUGCCCCCCGGGCUGCGUCCCCACCCCGGUCCUGAUAGCCCAGAAGUUAGCGGAGAACCAGGGCGGAACCACCUCCAACAUCGGUCCCUCUUCUCUUCAUCACCGGAAGAGUUUUGAAUUAGACAAGCCCACCAGCCUGGCCGAACACACAGUCAAAUAUGGCCCGCCCACGUCCUCAAAGCCUACCCGCUUCCCGGCCAACAUCAAUGUCGUCCAUAGCAACAAGGAGGCAAACCAGACCAAUGUGAACAUCCAUGAGAGGCAGGCGCAGAUGCUGGCUAACCUCCCGGGGGCGUCUCAGUAUCCGGGCCAGGAAGAAGUGCCGCCCCCGGCCACUCAGAAGGGAAGUAACCUGCCCUCUCGAAGCGUUUCCUUUAGGGACCCCACACCGAGCAAAUCCAGGAUGGAGGCCCUGUCCAAACUGGGCCUCAGGGGCCGCACCCACUCAGGGGGGGACGCCCUCUACGUCACGCCCCAGAGCCCCACCUCGGUGGCAUCGGCCCCACACCUCCCGAAAGACUUGGAGAGCAGCAUGAGCGUCCCAGCGGUGCAACGUCCCAGCCGGCCCGCAGCCAGUGAGAUCAAACCAGACAGAAAACCAGACGCGGUGCCGGCAGACUUCAUCAGCAGCAGCAAAGACCGUCCUGUCCAUGUAAAGCCUUCACCUGUGGAAGAAGUCCCAAGAAGCAGCUACCACCGGGUGCCAGUUGAAAGCAAGCCAUCGCCAGUUACCCAAGCGCCCGAAGUUCCCUCUUUUGACUUCAACAGUUACGGGGGCAAGACGGUCGUGAUCAACCCCACCGUUCCCACCAAGGGGGACAACUUGCCUGCGCCGGACAGCCCCAACGGCAGAGCCCCGCACUCCAGAGCGGGCAACAACGCCUACGGGGGGAAGUCCACAGUCAUGUCCCCGCGCUUACAAAGGAGCGACCUGCCAGACAUCCUCAGCGCACACCACAUCAACCAGAGCCUGCCGCUGCCGCCGCCGCCUACCGCCCAGGAGCUCAACAGCUACGGCGGGAGGACCGUGACAAUCAACCCCUCGGCCGGCUCCAGCCCCCAGGCUAGGACGGCCAGAGCUUCGGCGCCAUCCACGGCUCCUAAACCCCUGCGGCACAGCUCCUCCGGGAACCUCCAUCGGCCACGGGCCACCUCCCCGGAGGCCAGGCGGAAGUCCACGACCUCCAAACCCGCCGCGGCGUUCCGCGCGCAGGGAAUCACUGUGCAGUUCUCGGGGAAGGGGGCCAUGGACGAUUCUCGGCGGGCCGCCCUGAGGAAGCUGGGGCUCAUGAAAUAAUCUGGCUGAAUCUGGAAGUCGCUGCGGCGCUUUCGGUUGACUUGCGAUAUCCUUAACGUAUUGUUUUUUAGGUUGAUUUGAGUGUGUGUGUGUGUGUGUGUGUGUGUGUGUGUGUGCGUGUGUGCGUGCGUGCGUGCGUGCGUGCGUGCGUGCGUGCGUGCGUGCGUGCGUGCGUGCGUGCGUGCGUGCGUGCGUGCGUGCGUGCGUGCGUGCGUGCGUGCGUGAGAGAGAGAGAGAGAGAGAGAAAAAGAGAGAAAAAGAGAGCGAGAGAGGUGUGGUGGCAGAGAGACAUAUGCUAACAAUGGAAUGAGGUACAGUCUAGGGCCUGUGUUACCUGAACAGCCGGUUCUCAGUUCCUUGCCAGUGAAUUCUUACAAACUAGUUUGGCAUUAGGUCGCUACACACGCACACACACAUACAAGCACACGCACACACGCACACUCACACAUACACAGAUAUAGAGAUACGUACACGUAUCAACUCUGCUGCGCUGUGUUGCCAAAGAUACUUGACUAAGAUAAUACAUGAAACGUGAGAUAUAUUUAACCUGAUUUUGGGAUGUAAAAGUAAAGCCUCCCCUUGUCCCGGGAAGGAGCCAAGACAUCAACAAAAGGACUGACAUUUGAUCUCUGACCCAUCCUUUGUGCACACCAGCUGCAACAGGUUUUCCUCUGACACCAAGAGCUGCUUGUUUGACAUCGUCCAUAGGAAGUUGUUGUUGCUGCAUGGUAGAGGUUCUCAGACAAAACAAGAGUCAGGUGUGCCCUGGUUUACGACUGAGAACAGGUCAUUUGUUUGACUUUACUUAUUUGGGCAUUGUUGGGAUACGAGGGCAUUGAGGGUUGUUGUCAACAGCAACAAUGUGUUGUGCAUUUGUUGCUGCGGGGCGCAUGUAUACGUGUUUUUGUUUUACCCGCUGCUGCUUCGAAGUGAGAGUGGAGGUUAAUGAGAACCCUGUGAGAACCCUUUCUUUGAAGCAUUUUGAAUCGGCAUUAGUUAUAUAUUGAUCAAAACUAUGAUAAUUUUUUUUUUUUCCUAUACUGUUAUCUUUUUCUUUAAAUACAAUGAUAUAAUACCUAUCAGGUUCCUGGCAGGACACGAAGACACAGAGGAAAAAACAACCAAACACAGAACUCCUGUAUUUCAUGACUUUCAUGACCCGACACCGUCGGGUUCAUUAAAUGUACAGUGCUUUCUGUUUCCGCCACUGUCUCUGCGCAGGAGGAGGGAGUCUACCCCUGAUUCAGUGAUGUAGGGACAACACGGACUGCGUUAUUGCAUUACUGCGUUAGUUGGAAAACGCCCGGGGCGAAAGCAGCAGUGUGUUGUGCUGAACAGAGUUGGCAUCAGGAUAUUUUUACUCCAUUGACAACCUUCCCGCCCCAAACCACAGACUGUGGAAUGACUUGUGGGGAGAAUGUUGACUUCUGCACUUCCAACGUUGACUACUGCACAGCACCCAUCAGAAAAGAACACACAACGUCACUCCAGUGGCCGACAGCACUCACAGUGCAAGCGCUGUAACCGCCAUCUCUAGAAAUACAUGUGGGAUAAUCUCUGUUGUUGAAGACUAUGCUUUACAGCCUUUACAUGUGUUAUUUAACUGUUGUUUUAACCAGUGCCCAGUGGUACCCUUGCUUCUAUGAAACCUUGUGUUUGUCCCUGUGUGAGUGGGUGAGUGUGCAUGUACACAUGUGUUCAGGCUGUGUUUGUGUGUAAGCCUGUUUGUGUGUGUGUGUGUGUGUGUGUGUGUGUGUGUGUGUGUGUGUGUGUGUGUGUGUGUGUGUGUGUGUGUGUGUGUGUGUGUGUGUGUGUGUGUGUGUGUGAAUGGCCGUGUUGAGUGUGUGUGAUAGUAUGUGUUUUGUUCGUUAACUGUUUGUUUAGCAGUUUAUUUUACUGUUUAAUUCAGACUCCGGUUCUUGUAGGUAACCUACAUUUAUUAUGAAGUACUUUAUUUUUAUUUUUAUUUUUGCACAGGCCCAGCUGUUAGCUUGCUAUUAGCUUGGCCUGUGCUAGAAUCGUUGCGACUUUUGUUUUACAGACUCCGACCUUAUGUAGUUCAUCUACAUUUACUAUGAAGUAUCAAAUGGUGCAUAGAGUAGAAACUGACUCACACAAGGGAAAUCAUACCUGAUCGGCUAACAGGUCUACAGACUGGGGCACAGUUAUCACAGAGAAGUGGUUAGGGUGUUUGGGAGACAGAUUCACUAUCCAGAUGCUGCUCCUGCCAUGGAACAGAGAACUCGAUUUGAUCUUAUUGUUAUAAAGCUUACAAUGUGUAUUACGCAAUUUCUAUGAGGGUUUUAUGUUUUUGUCAAUUAUUAAAGAAAGUAAUGCUCUUUUAAA